ACCGCUGGGCAUCCUUGCAGGAGGAGGUCUGCUGAGCUAAAAGCAGCAAGCAAAAGGGGGAGAGGGAGCAAAAAAAAAAAAAAAAAAGGAAAAGCCUCACCGUGGUGCACUUGUGUGUCUUGAGUGUUUGCCUUGUGUUCAUCCAGCAAGCAGACUGAGGCCGCUUGCCAGAUCUGGGAGCUCAUCUGAAAUGUAUUAAACUCUGGAGAAGAAGGAGCCUCUGUAAUCUCGCUGUGUUGACGAUCCGCAGAGGGCUCCUGCUCGCAGCCAGAGGUACACCCAUACGUGUAGCAGCAGCUCCUCUCAGACAAGUCUUCACAUCUUUGGAGUCCAAAUAUUUUCCAGGCUCCAGAGGGCAACAUCAAAGAGGUGGAAGAAGACGACUCCAGAAUAACCUGCCUUUCAGAGACAAAAGGUCGCCGCAGCGGAGACUGCUUUCAAAGGGUGACUCCUGACCUCAAACGAAACAUCAGCCGUAUCGUUUCUCCUUGUUGUGUGCGGAGGAGGUCUCGAGGACAAAGGAGCGGGCUUCGUAUAAAUACAGGAAACACCUGAGGAUUUUCCCUGCUUCAAUUACAGGAAAUACAGGUCCAUUCAACAGACCUAACUGACUCUGAUUUUUAUUUUUUAUAUAUAUAUAUAAGAAGAAAAACAUUCUCAUACUCGCCAAUCAAGAUGUCACGCUGGGGGAGAAAGAAUGUGAAAAAGACGCCGGAGGUGAUCCGCACUGUGACAGAAGGGCUGAAGUCCCUGUACCGUAAGAAGCUGCUGCCGCUGGAGCAGUACUACGGUUUCCAUGACUUCCACUCCCUCGGCAUGGAGGAUGCAGAUUUUGAUAACAAGCCCAUGGUGCUGGUGGUGGGACAGUACUCCACUGGGAAGACAACCUUCAUCAAGUAUCUACUGGAGCAGGAUAUUCCUGGGAGCAGGGUGGGACCUGAGCCCACCACCGACUGCUUCACCGCCAUCAUGCACGGGGAGGUGGAGGGAGUCAUCCCGGGGAAUGCCCUCAUCGUGGAUCCCAACAAGCCUUUCCGCAAACUUAACCCAUUCGGAAACACUUUCCUCAACAGAUUCCAGUGUGCUCAGAUGACCAACCAGGUCCUGGAGAGCAUCAGCAUCAUCGACACACCGGGGAUCCUGUCUGGGGCCAAGCAGAGAGUGAGCAGAGGUGAGAAGCAGAGCAGUGGUUACAAAGGAUAUGACUUCCCGGCGGUGCUGCGCUGGUUUGCGGAGCGCGUGGACCGCAUCAUCCUGCUGUUCGACGCCCACAAGCUGGAGAUCUCUGAUGAGUUCUCCGAGGCCAUCGGUGCCCUGAAGGGCAACGAGGACAAGCUGCGCGUGGUGCUCAACAAGGCGGACAUGGUGGGCACCCAGCAGCUGAUGAGGGUCUACGGGGCCCUCAUGUGGUCCCUGGGGAAGGUGUUCGGCACGCCGGAGGUCCUGCGCGUCUACAUCGGCUCCUUCUGGUCAGAGCCGCUGAUGGUGACGGACAACCGCAAGCUGUUCGAGCUGGAGGAGGAGGAUCUGUUCGCCGACAUCCAGAACCUUCCCCGCAACGCGGCCCUGCGCAAGCUCAACGACCUGGUCAAGAGGGCGCGCCUCGUCAGGGUCCAUGCCCACAUCAUCAGCUAUCUGAAACAGGAGAUGCCCUCAGUCUUCAGGAAGGACAAUAAAAAGAAGAAUCUGAUCUACCAGCUGCCAGUUAUUUUCUCCAAGAUUCAGCUGCAGCACAACAUUUCUGCCGGGGAUUUUCCAGACUGUGCCAAGAUGCAGGAACAACUGAUGGUUCAUGAUUUCACCAAGUUCAAAACCUUGAAGCCGAACCUGAUGGCAGCCCUGGACGAGCUGCUCUCCUCCGACAUCGCCAAGCUGAUGCCGCUCCUGCGGCAGGAGGAGCUGGAGGCCGGAGACCAGCUGGGCGUGCAGGGCGGCGCCUUCCUGGGAACCCGGGUCGGACCCUUCACCGAGGGCGACCCCUUCUGCGAGGAGAACGGGGAGGGCUGCGAGGAGGAGGAGGAUUGGGUGGUGACCAAAGACAAGCCCAAGUACGACGAGAUCUUUUACAACCUGGCCCCCAACGAGGGGAAGCUGAGCGGCACCAAGGCCAAGGACUGGAUGGUGAGCUCCCGCCUGCCCAACUCGGUGCUGGGCCGCAUCUGGAAGCUGUCGGACGUGGACCACGACGGCAUGCUGGACGACGAGGAGUUCGCCCUGGCCAGCCAUCUGAUCGAGGUGAAGCUGGAGGGUCACGGCCUCCCGCCCGAGCUCCCCAGCCGCCUGAUCCCACCCUCCAAACGCAGGCAGAAGGGAUCCGACGCGUAGACACCCCGGAGUCCCGGCCGGCGACCAAAGAGACUCUCCCCCAGUUAUGCUACUGUUUUCAUCUGCUCCUAUUUACUUCAAAGAAACGUUGUAUUUUCAGCUUUUCCCUCUCAGAUGAAAUGUAUCCGUGCACGACUGAAGAUAUUGUAUUUAAACAAGGUGUGACUAUAACGACGGCUAACUGCAGAAGGUUCUGUGUUCACAGUUCUCCCCUCAUGUGCCUUUUUAGGAUGAGCUUUUUAAAUAUAUUUUUACUUCCGUUUGCUGAGCUGAAGCAAAGGAAAGCAGCGAGCCGUGAGCGAGAUCAGAGCUCAGAGGAAACCUUUGUGUGUUAAAACCUUCACAUCCAACACAGAUAAGACUUGGGGGGACUUAUUGAUCCACUGAUCUUGGAGUUAACUUACUCAGUGAUGACGACGUCUUUUCUUUUCUUCCUUUCCUCCCCAGAUUUGCUCACUCCAUUAAAAGACGUUCUUUAGCUUAAUUCAUUUCUUAACGCAUUUUCUACUAAAAGUACACUUCUAGUAACCUGACUGCGUUUCACUUUGAUGCUUUAAAGCCACAGUUUUUUGUCGUUUUUUUGUUUGUUCUUUUGUAAUCUAACAGCUCCUGUUUUGUAUGUGCAGGAUCAAGACCUCAGUUGCAUAAAAGAACAUCAGAUGCAGAAAUGAACUUUUCAGCUAAACUGAAUGACUGACAUAUUACUGACUACUGUACACAGUGCCAUAAAAAAUGUUUGUAUAUUAAAUAUUUUUGCAGCUGAAUAAAAUUCCCUGACUGUGA